UGGUCAUGUGACAUUGUACUGGCAGGUCCUUUAAAAGCCGUCCACACAACACCCGUGGUUGCAAUCGGCUGUUUCCUUCGCCCUUCUAGAGUCCAAGAUGGGAAGUGCAACGUUAACUAUCGUCUUAACAUUUUUUUUUGUUUGCCAUACCGGCUCGGCGCACUACCUCGCUCAACCGACCACUGGAAAUUCUGAAGGAGGAACCGUCAUGAACCAGAUGAUCUGUAACAGCGUCACCGUGUCCAACUCCACAGAAAAGGUGUGUCCAUACCCAUUCAAGUCGGUGCGCGAGGACUGUUUGUACCUGAGCCGGGUGUUGAGGUCAUGGCGUGAGGCUCGCGGCCACUGCCAGGGCCUGGGAGGUGACCUGGUCGUGCCAAUUAAUGCCUACGUCUUGUACACCUACGUUGUCGAGCAAGAUGUUGUCUCCACUGAUGUUGCCAAUCCUCAUGUGUGGGUCGGAGGUAAGAAGAGGGCAGAUCAAACUUGGCGCUGGAUAAAGAGUGACGCAGAGAUAGAUUCCUCUCUGUGGCACCCGACUCUGCCUGAUGCUCGUCCCGACGGUGACUGUGCUUACAUACACCGCGCCAAUGCUUAUCCAUUUGCCAACUACCCCUGUACCAAUGCUUACAGGUUCAUCUGUCAGUAUGAAUAGGCGAAUACUUAGUUACUCCAGUCGAAGGGGUAUACCCUUAAUUUUCAUCUUUGUGGGGUGUAUUUCUGUAGUUUAAAUUGUAGAAAUUGUGUAUAUCUAAAAAUAACGUCAAUUACACGAAGUAAAGCCUUAGCAGUUAUUUGUGGCUGGUGGGUAGACAGAAUCACAAGAUCUAUCCUAACCUAACACAAUCUAACUUAUUUAAUCUAAUUUAAUUAACCUAACACAAUCUUACCCUAACCUAAUUAAUAUUAACCUAGUAUAAUGUAACUUAUCCUAACCUAACCCCCUAAGUAGUGUUAGGGUCUACUUAUCUGAUGAAAUACGCCAGGGGGGCUAAUCUUCAGGUGAGUCCAUUAUGAUCGGGUUGAAACAAGAUAAUCACAAGUUGGAUUGUGAUGAUGGCGCACAAGGUUGACGUUACUGUGUGAUAACUUGUACUUGAAGUUUGUAAGAUAAUGCCCUCACUGAAGUAGUUGUAGUUAAUGAUGAAGUGUACUUAAGAUAGUAUAUUAGGAAAUAUUACAUUAUAUUCAGCAGUUAUAACAUCUACUCAUUUACUUACCUUAUAUAACAUUCGGUUUGGUUUUAUGGUAAUAGGACCGUUUUCUUUAUUAAAGUGUAUUUUUUAUUGGUUUACAUAUUGGACUAAUAGGAUAAAAAAGGUAAACUAAAGUAAAAUAAUUGCUCUAAAUAUCAUAGAUUGUCAUGUAGAUAAAUAGAAAUUACCAUUGCAAUAAUUAUAUUUGCCAAGUAGAUAAUUUAUACUGACAGGUCUGUCCUCUUGUUCCAACCAUGUUGUACUGCUUCGCUCCUUUAUCAUAUCUAUGUAUAUCAACACCAUUGUAAAAUAUGCAUAUACUUAUAAAAUAAAUGUAAAACAAAAAAUAAAUAAAUAAGUAACAAAGUGAUAACCGUGGUAACAUUCUGGUAAGUUCUUACUACCACAAGGUUAAAUAAAUGCACUGCCCAUCA